AGACCAGACGGGACCUCUCCAAGAGCAGAGUCAAGAGCCUGGCGAGGGGAUUCAAGAGUGAAGAGUACAGUGAAUUAGGGAACCAAUUUAGAAAGCAGAAGUGAGCCCUAAUGCAGGUAUCCAUUUUUCAGCUAUAUUAAUCUUUUAAAAAAAUAAAAAAUGGAUUUCUUAAACUCAUCUGAUCAAAACUUGACCUCAGAGGAACUGUUAAACAGAAUGCUACCCAAAAUUCUGGUGUCCCUCACGCUUUCUGGGCUGGCACUGAUGACAACCACCAUCAACUCCCUUGUGAUUGCUGCAAUUAUUGUUACCCGGAAGCUGCACCACCCAGCCAACUAUUUAAUUUGUUCCCUUGCCGUCACAGAUUUUCUUGUAGCUGUCCUGGUGAUGCCCUUCAGCAUUGUGUAUAUUGUGAGAGAGAGCUGGAUUAUGGGGCAAGUGGUGUGUGACAUUUGGCUGAGUGUGGAUAUUACCUGCUGCACAUGCUCCAUCUUGCAUCUCUCAGCUAUAGCUUUGGAUCGGUAUCGGGCAAUCACAGAUGCGGUUGAGUACGCCAGGAAAAGGACCCCCAAGCAUGCCGGCAUUAUGAUUACAGUAGUUUGGAUUAUAUCCGUUUUUAUCUCUAUGCCUCCUCUAUUCUGGAGGCACCAAGGAGCUAGCCGAGAUGAUGAAUGCAUCAUCAAGCACGACCACAUUGUUUCCACUAUUUACUCAACAUUUGGAGCUUUCUACAUCCCACUAGUAUUGAUUUUGAUCCUCUACUACAAAAUAUAUAGGGCAGCAAAGACAUUAUACCACAAGAGACAAGCAAGUAAGAUUGCAAAAGAGGAGCUGAAUGGCCAAGUCCUUUUGGAGAGUGGUGAGAAAAGCACUAGACUGGUCUCCACAUCCUAUGUGCUAGAAAAGUCUUUAUCUGAUCCAUCAACAGACAUUGAUAAAUUUCAUAGCACAGUGAAAAGUCCCAGGUCUGAAUUCAAGCAUGAGAAAUCUUGGAGAAGGCAAAGGAUCUCAGGCACAAGAGAACGCAAAGCAGCCACCACCCUGGGAUUAAUCUUGGGUGCAUUUGUAAUAUGUUGGCUUCCUUUUUUUGUAAAAGAGUUGGUUGUUAAUGUCUGUGAAAAAUGUAAAAUUUCUGAAGAAAUGUCAAAUUUUUUGACAUGGCUUGGAUAUCUCAAUUCCCUUAUAAAUCCACUGAUUUAUACAAUCUUUAAUGAAGACUUCAAAAAAGCAUUUCAAAAACUUGUGCGAUGUCGGUGUUAGUUUAAAGACAAUUUAUUGUUAAAGGGUCGGUUUUUGAGGGAGGGAAGUAACUACACAAAUGCUAAAUAAUAAAACAUUUAAACUUUUAGGAGGAAAUAUAUUAAAACUGCUAAAAUGAUAGGAAUAUAAUUUAUAUUUUAACAGCAACACAAAUACAAAAUUUAUUGAUUUGAUCAUUAUACUAGAGUACUCAAAAUCAGAAAAUAAUUUAUGCAGGUUAUAAACAAUAGUUUGCCUAUGCAAUAUUCCUAAAAAGCUAACUGAAAAAAAAUAUAUAUAUAUAAAUAAUAUUAGUGACAGUGAUUUCUUUAGGUUCAUGUUUUACAACAAUUACAGGGAAGUUUUCAAUUAACAACAUACCUUCAUCCAUAAUUUCUAUAUAAUCCUAUUGUUUUAUUAUACAAUUCUGUUACUUUCUAGAAAAGAUAUAAUUCAUCACAAAGCACACAUCUCUCCUAUCUAACCA